AUGACGUCACGCGCGUCGGAGGUGCGGCUGCAGCAGCGGUUGCGGCCGAUCCAUGGGACGUGCAGUGAUCGCGACAGCGCUGGUGUGUAUGACGCCUCGGCCGUGCUGCCCGAGGUUGAGCAUAGGAGGAGGUCCAAGUACACUCCAAAUGUGACCUCGGAAUACGCUGCAGUGGCCGUCAAUGCUGGUGUAGACUUCGAGACCUACUGCAAGCCCAAGGCUGACAUUGGUCCUUGCAAGGGCUACUUCCCCAGGUGGUGGUUCAAUGUUCAGUCUGGCCAGUGCGAACAGUUCAUCUACGGCGGUUGCCAGGGAAACAAGAAUAACUUCAAGAGCAGGAAUGCCUGCGAAACUAGCUGCCUCAGGCGACUCAUGUCCUUGAACAUCAACGCAACGAGGAAUUUCACGCUUCCAGGAGCGAAAGUGGACAACUUCGCCUGUCUCUCGAAACCCGACCAAGGACCGUGCUUUGCAGCCAUUCCUCGCUACUACUUCGACAACAGCACCAGUACGUGCAAGGAGUUCACCUACGGCGGCUGCGAGGGCAACCCCAACAACUACGAGACGGUCGAACAAUGCAAGGCCAGCUGCGCUCCUGAGACCGAGUACGAGGCCAAGUGUCUCGCCAGGCCCGAGACCGGACCGUGCAGGGCUCAUAUGGUCAUGUGGGCCUACGACGCCGAACUGGGCCAUUGUAAGACGUUCGUUUACGGUGGAUGCGACGGCAACGCCAACAGGUACCGCACCCAGGAAGAGUGCGAAGCGACCUGCAAGCACCCGCCGACAGAGCUGAUCGAAGAAUACGUCUUGGCAUCCCGGCAGCUGGCAGAGUACUACAAUACGACUGAAGUGGACGCUAUCUCUAUCCCGGAUCUGGUAUCAGUGCCUGUGCCUUCAAACCCCGUGUGCCACCUGCCCAAGGUAGUCGGAAUGUGCCUCGCCUACAUGCCUCGCUACUACUACAACAACGUCACCAGGCAGUGCGAGCGGUUCGUCUACGGAGGAUGCCAAGGCAACGAGAACAACUUCCUGACUUUCGAACAGUGCAACCGCACUUGCACGCCCUUCAACCUAGCUUCUGGCAUUGACGUGAACUUUGUGUCGGAACCGGAGCCCACGAACCCCGUGUGCUACAAGCCGAAGAAGGUCGGACCCUGCCUGGCCUACAUUCCUCGCUACUUCUACAACGCGACGACCAAGUACUGCGAGCGCUUCAUCUACGGCGGCUGCCAAGGAAACGGCAACAACUUCCCAGAACUAGAGAUGUGCCUGAAGACCUGCAAGGUCGGAUACGAGGACGUCACGGAGAGGCUCAUGCAGUUGGCAACUCCGCUCAAGAACCACACGUGCUACCUGCCGAAGGAUAGUGGACCUUGCUUCGGCUACUUCCCCCGCUACUACUACAACACCACGACGAACUCCUGCGAACAGUUCAUCUACGGAGGAUGCAGGGGCAACCCCAACAACUUCGACACGCUCGAGAAAUGCCAGAGCAAAUGCACCAACAACACUUACGUCGAAGACUUCACGAGGUCAAGGCUCAUCACUAAACUCGUGACCCUGGACCCAGUAUGUGAGCUGCCGAAGAAGGUUGGCCCGUGUCGUGGCUACUUCCCCCGUUACUACUACAACACCACGACGGACACCUGCGAACCGUUCAUCUACGGAGGAUGCCAGGGCAACGCCAACAACUUUGAAACGCUUAAGAAGUGUGAGACCAGGUGUGGCGGUAAUCUCACCGUCGAAGACCAAUCAUGGAAGAAGCACAUCAUGAAGCCGGUUGCCCUGGAGGACUACAUCCGCGCCAACCCUGUCCUGUCCAGGAGUGUCUUGGGACUGAACCCGGUGUGCAAUGAGACCAAGCGUCCCGGUCCCUGCGCCGGCUACUUUCCUCGUUAUUACUUCAACAAUGUGACCAAGACUUGCGAGCGGUUUAUCUACGGAGGCUGCCAGGGCAACGGCAACAACUUCCAUACCCUCGAGGAAUGCAACAGCACGUGCUGGGCAUCCCUGAACCAGACCUCUCUGGGGAUCAUCGGUGCCUUUGAAGUUCCAUUCUGGCCUCUGUCGCCUCCGGAAGAGUGUACCUACCCGGCCGACUCGGGACCCUGCGACGCUUACAUGCCACGCUUCUUCUUCAACACCCUGACCAAGUCGUGCGAGCAGUUCGUCUACGGAGGAUGCGGAGGCAACGCCAACAACUUCCGCACCUUCGAAUACUGCCAGAGCAAAUGCACGAAGUUCUUGGGUGUCAUCCCUCGCGCCUAAGAGGAAAGGAUACCUCUCCAAACAGAAAUAUAAAAGAGCACCCAGUCAAUCAUUGCCCUUAGCAAAACGCAUCUAGCACGGAAGCACGAAAUCUAUGCCCACUGGUGCGAGAUUAUUAUAUGAGAAUGUUGUUUUAUUGCUUACAAAGCAAAUAUUUCGGGCUCCAGAAUAAUGAAUUUAAAACAUUAUGGCUCAAUAUAAGCAAGUAUUCAUGGUAUAAAUUUCAGGUGCAGGACUUGACAUAUUAGAGCUGAUCCGACUCCGUUCAUUGCAUAAUAAAGUCGUCUUUCUGCAAGCCUAUUUUGUUGCU